AUGCGUACCUCCACUGCCGCCGCUCUUCUCGCCGCUGCCGGCGCCAAUGUCGUGAGCGCUCAGGACAAGGUCGGCUUCGGCCCGGCCUUCUCUCUUGGCCCGACCCAGAGCUGGAUUCGGGAGGCCAACACCACUCUCGUUCUCCCUCCCGUUCCUAGCCCACAGAAGGACCGUCUUGCCCUGUGGCCCGGUAUGGGUACCAGCGGUGGCGAUCUGAUCCAGGCUCUGGCUGUCUCUUUCAGCGACCCCGCCGCCAACUGCGGCGCCAAGGCCGGUCAAUGGUGCACCUGGGCCAGCACCCUCCAAGGAGAGCAGCUUGGUGGUAAGCAGGUCCCUGCCUCUGCUGGUGACAAGAUUACCAUGCACUACAAGUACAACGACAGCACCGGAAAGUACGACCAAACUGUCUCUCUCAACGGCAAGGUUGUCUCUACGCUCUCAACCAGCUCCGGCCAGGCUCAGGGAUGGGGUACUGCCGUCGAAUGUCAAGACGAUGCUUGUGUCGGCACUGUUGUUGCUCACAAGUACACCGACACGACGAUCAUUCUGAACGCAGCCGACACCACCUUCAAGGGCACCCUUGGCCUCAACGAGGCUGACUCUACUGGCCUCACAACCUCCGACAGCAAGACCUUCAAGGUCACCACCAUCAACAUCCAUUCGCACACCUUCAACAACUAG